AUAUCAAUUGCUCAUAACUCAGACACUCUCUCACUCACUCACUGUCGGCAAACUAACCUUUUUUGGCAAUAGAGGUGAUAUCUCCGGAGAAAAUGCAGCUCCCUCCGGUCACCAUCUUAGCCACACUCUGCAUUGUCCUGCAGCUCCUGACUAGCUCCUCCGCCUCGGUGAUACUCAAUCGCCACGUGUCUAACGCUCACUGGCUUCCCGCCGUGGCCACUUGGUACGGAAGCGCCAACGGAGACGGAAGCGAUGGAGGAGCGUGUGGGUACGGUACGUUGGUGGACGUGAAGCCCCUCCAUGCGAGAGUUGGAGCCGUGAAUCCUAUUCUCUUCAAAAACGGUGAAGGAUGUGGCGCUUGUUACAAGGUUCGGUGCUUGGACAGGAGUAUCUGUUCCCGGAGAGCCGUCACUGUCAUUGUCACUGACGAGUGUCCCGGCUGCUCCAAAACCAACACUCACUUUGAUCUCAGUGGCGCUGCCUUUGGUCGAUUGGCUAUCACCGGAGAGUCUGGUCCCCUCCGCAACCGUGGUCUCAUCCCCGUUAUUUACCGCCGGACGGCAUGCAAAUAUAGACGGCAGAACAUAGCGUUCCAUGUGAACGAAGGAUCAACUGAUUUCUGGUUGUCUCUACUGGUCGAGUUUGAAGAAGGAGAAGGCGACAUUGGCUCCAUGCAUAUUCGCCAAGCAGGAGCGAGGGAAUGGUUAGAGAUGAAGCACGUAUGGGGAGCCAACUGGUGCAUCAUUGGAGGGCCACUCAGAGGACCAUUCUCCGUCAAGAUCACCACUUUGUCCGCCGGUAGAACACUGUCCGCCACUGACGUCGUUCCUAGAAACUGGGUUCCUAAAGCGACUUACACUUCUCGCCUCAACUUCUCCCCCGUCCUCUGAAAGACUAAUAUAUUCUUACUACUAUUUAUAUGAACUUUAUCUUUUUUUUUUUGAAGAGAGAAAUAGAGAGUGACUGCUGGCCGUAGGAUGGCAAUUGUAAGUAAGUCCAUCUGAAUCCAACGGCUCUUGCGUUCUCUCCUCUUCUUCCUUUGUGUUGUGGAUUUGUGUGUGUGUGUGGGUGAGUGUGUAGGAGCCAUUGUAGCCAUCUCCAAAGGGGAGAUAGAGCUUGGAGUAGUAUUUGGUGGUUUCAUAUGUCUUCUUUUUCUAUCUAAUUGUUGUCAUUUCCUACUUCUAUUAUGGGACACUACAUAAUAUAUAUCGUAUGAAUGUUUGUCACUUA